CAGUAGAUUCAGUCUAUGAUUCACUACUUGCGUGUACUGUGCAAUCAUGAUUAGGCUAGCUCUGCUUGUUCUUUUGCUUGCAACUGCUAACUGUAGCCCAACUUCUAAACGCAGCUGGAGUGGCCCUGGGCCAGACAAAAAUGAUGAUCAUCCACCAGCAGUCAAGCCAGAAGACAAGGAAGAAAGCAAUCUAGAACUCGGCAAGCCAGAAGACAAGGAAGAAAGCAAUCUAGAACUCGGCAAGCCAGAAGACAAUGAAGAAAGCAAUUUAGAUCUUGGUGAAGAUGAAGAGAAGAAGGAUGACCUAGAUGAUGACAAGAAAGAUGACCUAGAUGAUGACAAGAAGGAUGAACUAGAUUUUGAUGAUAAUCAUGACAAGAACACAGAUAACCAAGAAGCGGACCAUGAAGAUAAAGAUGAAGAUGACAAAAACAGUAACAAAGAUGAAGAUUACAAGAACAGCGGUAACAAAAAUGAAGAUGAUGAAAAGGAUAACUUCAAGACGGAGCUGGUAGCCGAAUUAACAGAAGAAGUUACACAAGUACCAGCUAAUUUAAGUGGAGAGUAUAGUAGUGGCAAAGAUAUUGUAGAGGGAGAUAUCAAAAUGACUCCAGAGCAGGCUGCACUUUUCAAGCGUGAUGGGUGGGAUGGAUUAGUCAAUUCAGAAGCAUGGCUUCGUGGUCACGGCAAAUGGUCAAGGACUAUUCCAUACACAAUUAGUGGAGUUGCUACAAGUGAAAGAAAUGCCUUAACCAAUUCAAUUCGAAUGUUCCAUCAACACACUUGUUUGAGAUUUACUCCAAAGCGAAGCUAUAAUUAUGAUUACAUCCAAUUUGUCAGUAGUGGAGGUUGCUGGUCCUAUAUUGGUAAAUUACGUAAUGCUAGACCUCAGCGAAUCUCAUUAUCUAGUGGUUGCAGUCGUGCAGUCCCUGCUCAUGAGAUAAUGCAUGCACUUGGGAGAUAUCAUGAACAAUCACGAGCUGACAGAGACAGAUAUGUCAGAAUAAUAACUAGGAAUAUAAGAAGCGGAUAUGCAAGAAAUUUUAACCGACAUACUAAUUCUGACAGUCAAUCUCUACCAUAUGAUUAUCUUUCAUUGAUGCAUUAUGGUAGAUAUGCUUUCAGUAAAAAUCGUCGGUGUACAAUUGUACCAAUACCUGAUGCAAGCGUCACCAUUGGCCAGAGAGACAGGAUGUCAAUGUAUGAUAUACAUCAUGUCAAUAUUCGAUACUGCCCAGAAAGAGCACUUCGAUUAGUUGGAGGAAGAGGAUCAUAUGAAGGAAGAGUUGAAGUGUACUGGGAUGAACGGUGGGGAACUGUCUGUGAUGAUUAUUUUGGUCACAAUGAUGGUCGUGUCAUUUGCAAAUAUUUGGGUUUUCCUGAUGUUGCUGCAACAUACCAUAGAGCUCGAUUUGGGCAGGGAAGUGGUCCAAUAGUAAUGGAUGAUCUACGUUGUGCUGGUAAUGAGUACAGUCCUUUUGCAUGUCCUAUGAGGACUAUUGGUACUCAUAACUGUGGUCAUUAUGAAGAUGCUAGUGUAACAUGCCAGAAAAAUGUUCGUCUUGUUGGUGGUAGAAUUACUAGCAGAUGUGCUGUUGGCCGCUUGGAAGUGUAUGCUGAAGGUCGUUGGGGGACCGUCUGUGAUGAUUAUUUUGAUAUAAAUGAUGCACAUGUCGUCUGUCGUCAACUAGGAUACAGGAGAGCUAGUUGUGUCUAUCCUCGUGCUCGCUAUGGACAGGGUACUCUUCCAAUAUUGAUGGAUGAUGUACAGUGUACUGGUAGAGAAGCACAAAUCACUCAUUGUCGCAGUACUCCUAUUGGUGAACACAACUGUCGUCACUAUGAAGAUGUUAGUGUUCGCUGCCUUAAUUAUUGAAUUGAACACUGAUAAUGAACAUUUUAAUCAAGAACAGACAUUAUUAGAUUUCAUAGUUGUUAAGCUAUUGUAGCAAUAGGCUUUAGUUCAUUAUGUAGUUGAUUUUGAUAUUUUAGUGAUCAGUUGCCCUUUUUCAUACAAAAA